AUGUCCGACAGAACAUCUGACAACGCUGGCAACCACGAAAGAUCCUCUACCCAGGGUGGUGCCAGCGCCAAACCCACACCCGCCAACAACGCUGGCGGUGGUUCCGGAUGGGGCGACAAGGGGUUCUUCAAGGGGGGCUCAGAGGGACCGGGACAUAUGGCCGCUGAGACCCCCAACUCAUCAAUGGGCGAGUUCCUGGGUCUGAAGUCGCAGAAGGGUGCUGCGAGCGCGAACUUUGACAGUCGGGCUCGCGGGACGUCGGGGAUGGCUAAUACUACUUCGUGCGAGAAUGAGGAUCAUAGUUUCAUGGAGCAUACGCCUGGAUGUCCUCAGACGCUGCCUGGGUGGUCGAAGACGAAGGGGGUGUAUGAUAUGUGA